AUGCCGUCGGCCAUGUCAAGUUCUUUGGCAGGUCGAGCUCCGGCUGUCCUCCGACAUGGUCGCCGAGUCCCUACAGCUCUGACCGGUCGCAACUUCACCCUCGCCGCCUCCAACGGCCUGGCCAGAGCCCAACUCCAGAACAGCAGUGCUAAGCUGCUUCAGAAGCGCCUCUUUACCGCGAGCGCACUUCGUCCCAGUGCCGCGCAAUCUGCGCCGAAUCCCAAGGCUUAUCUUGAGAGCGGUGUGAUCAAGCCCUCCGCUGGUGUCGAUGUCAAGAAGGUGCUCGUUAUUGGCAGUGGUGGUCUCGCCAUUGGCCAGGCCGGAGAGUUUGACUACUCAGGAUCACAAGCUCUGAAGGCUCUGAAGGAGGCCGGCGUCAAGUCUGUCCUCAUUAACCCGAACAUUGCCACCAUCCAGACCAACCACUCGCUCGCCGAUGAGGUUUACUAUCUCCCCGUCACACCGGAGUACGUGACGUAUGUCAUCGAGAAGGAGAAGCCCGAUGGUAUCUUCCUCUCUUUCGGUGGCCAGACCGCCCUGAACUUGGGUGUCCAGAUGCAGCGCCUGGGUCUCUUUGAGAAGUAUGGCGUCAAGGUUCUCGGAACCAGCGUCAAGACCCUCGAGACCAGUGAGGAUCGUGACCUUUUCGCCAAAGCCCUCGGCGAGAUCGACAUCCCUAUCGCCAAGUCCAUCGCCGUCGGCACUAUCGAGGAGGCCCUCGACGCUGCCGAGAAGGUCGGAUACCCCAUUAUUGUUCGUGCCGCCUACGCGCUCGGUGGCUUGGGUUCUGGCUUCGCAAACAACGAGGAGGAGCUUCGCAACAUGGCUGCCCGCUCCCUCACCCUCUCCCCCCAGAUUCUGGUUGAGAAGUCUUUGAAGGGCUGGAAGGAAGUCGAGUACGAAGUUGUCCGUGACGCAAACAACAACUGCAUCACUGUUUGCAACAUGGAGAACUUCGACCCCUUGGGAAUUCACACCGGAGACAGUAUUGUCGUUGCUCCUAGUCAGACUCUGAGCGAUGAGGAGUACCACAUGCUGCGAUCUGCCGCCAUCAAGAUUGUCCGUCAUCUUGGUGUUGUCGGAGAGUGCAACGUCCAAUACGCGCUCCAGCCCGACGGCCUUGACUACCGUGUCAUUGAGGUUAACGCUCGUCUUUCUCGCUCUUCUGCUUUGGCUUCCAAGGCCACCGGAUACCCCCUUGCGUACACUGCUGCCAAGAUCGGCCUGGGCCACAGCCUCCCCGAGCUCCCCAACGCGGUCACCAAGACCACGACUGCCAACUUUGAGCCUUCCCUUGACUACAUCGUCACCAAGAUCCCCCGCUGGGAUCUUUCCAAGUUCCAGCACGUCAAGCGCGACAUUGGCAGUGCCAUGAAGUCUGUCGGUGAGGUCAUGGCAAUUGGUAGAACUUUCGAAGAGUCUUUCCAAAAGGCUAUCCGUCAGGUCGACCCCAAGUUUGUCGGCUUCCAGGGCGACAAGUUCGAGGACUUGGACUUCGAGCUCCAGAACCCUACUGACCGCCGCUGGCUCGCCGUUGGUCAGGCCAUGCUCCACGAGAACUACUCAGUAGAGAAAGUUCACGACCUGACCAAGAUUGACAAGUGGUUCUUGUACAAGUUGCAGAACCUUGUCGACUGCCAGCACGAGCUUGAGGCCGCUGGUGGUCUGGAGAACCUGAAGAAGGACCAGAUCACCAAGGCCAAGAAGCUUGGUUUCUCUGAUCGCCAGAUUGCUCUUGCCACUGGAAGCACUGAGGACGCUGCUCGCGCUGCUCGUCUUGCCUUCGGUAUUCGCCCCUGGGUCAAAAAGAUCGAUACUCUCGCUGCCGAGUUCCCCGCCGACACCAACUACCUGUACACCACUUACAACGCCUCCUCCCACGACGUCACCUUCGAGGACAAGGGAACCAUCGUUCUUGGUAGCGGUGUCUACCGUAUCGGUAGCUCCGUCGAAUUCGACUGGUGCGCUGUGAGCGCUACCCAGGCUCUGCGCCAGAUGGGCCACAAGACCGUGAUGAUCAACUUCAACCCCGAGACCUACAGCACGGACUUCGAUACCGCUGACAAGCUUUACUUCGAGGAGUUGAGCUACGAGCGUGUGAUGGAUAUCUACGAGCUCGAAAGUGCUUCGGGUGUCGUUGUGUCUGUCGGUGGCCAGCUGCCCCAGAACAUCGCCCUCCGUCUGCAGGAGACCGGCGGAGCCAAGGUUCUUGGCACUGACCCCAAGGAUAUCGACAAGGCCGAGGAUAGACAGAAGUUCUCUGAGAUUCUCGACAGCAUCGGAAUCGAUCAGCCCGCGUGGAAGGAGCUCACCUCCGUCGAGGAGGCUGAGACCUUCGCUGACCAGGUCGGCUACCCUGUCCUUGUCCGUCCCUCAUACGUCCUGUCCGGUGCCGCCAUGACUGUCAUCCGCAGCCAGGAGGACCUGAAGGAGAAGCUUGAGGCUGCGGCCAACGUCUCCCCCGACCACCCCGUCGUCAUCAGCAAGUUCAUUGAGGGCGCUGAGGAGAUCGACGUUGAUGGUGUCGCGUCUGAGGGCAAGGUGAUCCUCCACGCUGUCAGUGAGCACGUUGAGCAGGCUGGUGUCCACUCUGGAGAUGCUACCCUGGACAUCGCUGAGCGUGUCGCCAAGGCGUGGCGCAUCACCGGUCCCUUCAACAUGCAGAUCAUCAAGGCCGAGAACCCCGAGGGCGGCGAGCCUCUGCUGAAGGUCAUCGAGUGCAACCUGCGUGCCUCCCGUUCCUUCCCCUUCGUCAGCAAGGUCCUGGGCACCAACUUCAUCGAUGCCGCCACCAAGGCUCUCGUCGGCCAGGACGUCCCCAAGCCCGUCGACCUCAUGGCCGUCAAGCGCGACUACCUCGCCACCAAGGUGCCCCAGUUCUCCUGGACCCGUCUCGCCGGCGCCGACCCCUUCCUUGGCGUCGAGAUGGCCUCCACCGGUGAGAUUGCCUGCUUCGGCAAGGACCUCGUCGAGGCCUACUGGACCUCUCUGCAGUCGACCAUGAACUUCCGCAUGCCCGAGCCCGGUGAAGGUCUCCUCUUCGGCGGCCAGCUGAACAAGGAGUGGCUCCCCACUGUCGUCAACUACCUCGCCCCCAUGGGCUACAAGCUCUUCGCCGCCGACACCGAGGUCAAGGAGUUCAUCGAGUCCAGCGCAAAGGGCAAGGUCUCUGUCGAGGUCAUUGAGUUCCCCAAGGAGGACAAGCGCGCUCUUCGCGAGGUCUUCCAAAAGUACGACAUCCGCGGUGUCUUCAACCUAGCCCAGGCCCGUGGCAAGACCGUCAUGGACGUCGACUACGUCAUGCGCCGCAACGCCGUCGACUUUGGCGUCCCUCUCUUCAUGGAGCCCAAGACUGCCAUGCUCUUCGCCCAAUGCAUGAGCGAGAGGCUCCCCCGCAAGGAGGGUAUCCCCUCCGAAGUCCGCCCCUGGUCCAACUUCCUCGGCGGCAAGCCCUUGUAA